AUGGCAGCCCAGGGAGCCCUGUCGGAGUUUUCGCAGAGCACCUGCAAUCCGGGCUCCCAACAUCUCUGGGUUCGCUUCGCUUCACUGGGGGAACGCCUGGACCUGCAGCGCCGUUCUCCUGCGCUUCUCGAGCUGGGGGAGGCGUUGGCUGCCCUUCCUGGCGCACUGCAAAACGCUGCCAAAGAUGCCGGCAUCCAGGCCCCCAAGAUGCGCCUGUUCCCAGCAAUCAUGGCUGCCACUUAUGGCCCCGGCUCCCACUACGUACCACACCAGGACAAGUACAGUGGUGGAAGCGCCGGCUUCGAGAACACACGCAUGCUGACCAUCAUUUGCUACCUAAACCCGGACUGGCAGCCUGGGGAUGGUGGAGAGCUGAGAGUCUUGGCAACCCGCAAUGAGCCAGCUGACCAGUCCGCGCCUGGCAGUAGACUGCCACAGCUGCUGAAGAUUGCUGCUGACCACUCGGAGUCCACGUCGUCCACGGCAUGCGACGAGGAUGCCUAUGUUGAUAUUCAGCCCCUUCUGGGGCGGAUCGUGAUGUUCCAGUCCAGGGAGGUAUGGCAUGGCAUUCAAGCUUCGAACGCUGCUCGGCGAUGGGCGGUGACGCUUUGGCUUCUGGCCGACGUAGACUGA